AUGGGACGUGAGGAUACUCGGAUUUACGUCGGUAACCUGCCCCCGGAUUGCCGAGAGAAGGACAUCGAAGACGUCUUUGCGAAGUAUGGGAAGAUCCGUUCUGUUGACAUUAAGGGUGGACGAGGGCCUCUGUACGCCUUUGUUGAGUUCGAAGAUUCGCGUGAUGCAAGUGAUGCAGUUCGUAGUAGAGAUGGUUACGAUUUGGACGGAUCUCGAUUGCGUGUAGAGUUCACUCGUGGGUCUGGUCCGCGUGGUUCCGGUGGUCGUUCUGGACGUGGUGGCUACGGAGGCCGUGGUGGUGGUUAUGGUGGCCGUGGAGGAGGGUAUGGUGGAUACGGAGGCUACGGAGGACAUGGAAGAGAUUAUGGAAAUAACCGUCGAGAUGGUGGUGGAUCUCGUCGUUCAAAUUACCGUGUGAUUGUCGAAGGGCUUCCGACAAGUGGCUCGUGGCAAGAUCUCAAGGAUCAUAUGCGUGAAGCUGGAGAGGUCUGCUAUGCGAACGUUGCACGCGAUGGAACCGGUGUUGUUGAGUUCACACGUUUUGAUGAUAUGAAGGAAGCAUUACGAAAAUUAGACGACACGAAAUUCCGUUCCCAUGAGGGAGAGACAGGUUAUAUACGUGUGCGUGAAGACACCAGCAACAACGGCGGUGGUGGUGGUGGCAGCGGUGGCGGCGGACGCGGUCGUUCGAGGAGUCGCUCACGCAGUCCGCGUCGAUCGUCGCCGAAGUAUAGUCCACGAUCGCAUUCCAGCAGUCGCUCCACCUCGCGGACACCAUCCCGUUCUCGCAGUCGCUCUCGUGACUAG